AUGAGGGCAAACCUGGCCCGUCAUGGCAGGCGAUUACUUGUCUGCCAAGCGAGGACGGCGCCAUCCUGCGCUUUGUAUGCGGCCCCGGCUCGACGAAGGCCAAUCAUCCAAAGACCGGUGACACACAUCAACUUCGAGCGAACGUUUCUCGGCGGCUUGUUCCAAAGACCCCCGCGGGAGGUCAGACAGCCCGAGUAUGAGCCGGGAUGGCUGCAAAUCAUGGUGUGGAGGAGUCGCAUGCUCGAGAAUGUGAGGCCACCGCCGCGGGGUGAACUUUUGGAUGCGUGGAAGAAGUUGAUGCAAUCAAAAAUCAACACCAAAUUGCCUUUGAACGCGACACAAGCUCUGCAAUGCCGCCGACUGUUGGAGUAUCUCGCAGAUCCGGAAAACGCCGACGAUAAAAAGCUUUCUGCUAUUCACCUAUCGAUGACGAGGCAAGUCCUCCUUGAGAUAGAUCCAGUUGAACGAACGCAUCAUCAUCUCGAUCUGGCGAAAUCUCUACAUUCCGUGUGGACGGCGGGAAACUUUCCCAGCAAUAGAGCCAACCCCGUGGUAUUCCAAUGGGCCUCUCUAGUCAAGGCUAUGAGUCUAUAUGGCGGAUCCCGCGAAGCUGCACAGAUGCUGUAUGAGAAAUGGGAGCAGUCAGACUAUUUUGACUGCAUAACCCAAGACGACCGACUCUUGGAAGUCGUCGCAAAGGGGCUAGCAAGAGAAGGAUGCGAAACCGAGCUCUUGAAGCUGGUUGAAUAUGCUGAAACACACAAUGUACCAUACAAUGCCAGAAUUCAGUAUAUCAUGGUACAGUUUUUUGCCGAACAAGAUCGCGUCACCGAAACCAGAUACUGGUUCAAUAAGCCGCUCAUGAGCGGCAACAUACAGGCGCAUGUAUACCGUGUCCUGGCGCCUUUCGCCAUGCGCAACAACCUUCAAGAGUGGGCGACCUCACUCUUCCUUAAGCUCGGCGAAUCGCAACCAUGGAAAAAAUAUUGGAACGUAUUGCUUCAAGCAAUACUCAUUACCAGAAAGAGCCUUGCUGAAGUGGACACCAUGAUGUCGCACAUGGUUGACAGCGAUGGAGAGAUAUCUCCAGACAUUCACAUGAUUAACGGCCUCCUCAGAGUUGCUACUGAGCAGCGAGACGCGGCUCUGGGCGAAGACAUUCUUGCGCUCGCCGCAAAAAGAGGCCUUGCCCCCAAUGGAGAAACACAUCUCAUCUUGCUCAACCUCUGGCUUGAGGCUGAUAACUUGAUCGGAGCACGAGAAGCAUACAACCAAACUAGACAUAUACAGCCUUGGGCUAACGAGUCUAAGCCUCAUCUGUUUGGCGAAUUCCGCACGGCCGUUAACAAGUAUCUGGUGGCACUGGCUGCUCAAAAACAACCCGACUUCAAGUUCAUCUCCUCAGUUCUUGAAACCGUUGAAGAAGAUCAGAUGCGGCUUGAGCCAGCCACUGUCGCCGCACUCUGCUUGAGGUUCCUAGAGAAUGACCAGCACUUUGAUGUCAUGGAUAUCCUCUCUAUUUACUCUUUCUUGUACAGCGAAGCAGAGAGAGAGACUGUUCAGAACGCCUUUGUCUCCUUCUGUCUCGACCGCAACACGAGCACAAAUCGAGCCUGGGGCGCGUAUCAGCUUCUUCAUCAAUUCUUCCAGGACACCAGCUUUGAGCGGCGGGUAUCAUUAAUGAAUGUAUUUUUCGAACGAAGACGCCCAGAUAUGGCUUCACAUGUCUUUGGGCAUAUGCGGGCACACCGAAACAAGUCUUACCAUCCUACAAUAGACACCUACAUCACAUGUCUGGAGGGUUUUGCUCGAUAUCCCGACCAAGAAGGGCUGGAAAUGGUGCACAAUAUGCUGAAGAUGGAUGUCUCUUUACAGCCGUCGACGAAGCUAUAUACUGCGUUGAUGUUGGCGUACACAGGCUGUGGGCAGCCACUAAUAGCGCUGGAUUACUGGACCCAAAUCACGCAGUCUAGAGAGGGGCCAUCGUAUGCUACAUUACAGGCAAUGUUCUGGACGCUGGAGAAGAAAAGCGGCGGGCAUAAGCAAGCCCGAGAGGUUUGGGAUAAAAUUGAAAGGAUGGAUUUGGAAGUACCGCCUAGCGUCUACAAUGCAUAUAUCGGCGCUAUAGCAGGAAGCGGAAACGAAAAGGAGGUUCGAAGUCUAAUUAUGGGAAUGGCGUCCGUUGUCGGAUCAGAGCCAGAUGCCAUGACACUCGGCAUCACAUAUAAUGCUCUGCCCGGACAGCAGCUUCAGCGAGGAUUCCAGGAGUGGGCCAAGGGCCGAUAUCAAGAUGCUUGGACAGAGCUGAUGAAGGUGGGCCGGCGAAUGGACGAGUAUUCGCUGUGCCAAUUCAAAAUAGAACGCAUCAUGAAGGCUUAG